AUGCGAGCCGAGGUCGGAGAGUACGGCGAUGGCAUUCGCGGCCAUGUUCGAGUGCUGUCCGUGGUUACAGCAAUGGUCGAGUUUCUGCCGGAGUGCUUGGCAACCUUUCUAGGCGACAACGCUCACAUUCGAAUCAGCCUUGAUGAAGCCGUGACGACCCAGGUGUUACGCAGCGUAGAAAAUGGCUCUGCGGAUAUUGGUAUCUGCCGGGAAAUGCCAGUGCCGCACGGUUUGCUGAGUUACCCCUGCGGUUCCGAUCGUUUCGCUGUGGUCGUUCACCCGCAGCAUGAAUUGGCCUGCCGCACGAGUGUUGCCUUCAACGAAACCCUGAUCUACGAGCACGUUGCGCUUUCACUGAACGCAGCGUUGCAACCUCCGAUGGAAAAGCUGGCUCGGGAUAUGGAUCGUGAGGUGAGUAUUCGGUUUUACGUUUCGUCAUUUGAUGCCGCGCUAAGAGUGAUCAAGUCGGGCCAUGCGAUCGGGAUAUUUCCUGUGGAAGCCAUUGCGCGAUUUACGGCGCUUUACGAUUUGCGAGUCAUUGCCUUGGACGAAACGUGGGCAGGCGGAAACUUCAUGCUUUGUGCACGGCCAGCGGAAGUUAACUCGCCCGUUACGCGGCGUUUGAUCGCCCAUCUUCUACGCGAAAGACAGCCAUCGAAAGUAACGACGGCUGCCACCCAAAAAGAUCACUUGUCGGUCCUUGAGACCAGCAUCGACACUGAUCCGAUUACGCUCGAAAUAUGGUGGAGCCGCUUGGUCGCCGUUGCCGACGAAGCCGCCACCACGCUGCUGCGUACUGCGUUCUCCACCAUUGUUCGUGAGUCCAACGAUUUUGCGACCACGUUGAUGAACGUCAAGGGCGAGUCCAUCGCUGAGUGUUCCGGUGGAAUCCCUGCUUUCGCGGGCAUUAUUCCGCGUACAGCCAAGGCGAUGUUGGAGAAAUUCAAACCGCACACGUUACGUGACGGUGAUUGCCUGAUUACUAACGACCCUUGGCUCGCCACGGGACACCUGCCCGACAUCACCGUUAUCACACCCAUUUUUUACGAAGGCGAGUUAAUCGGUUUCGCAGGUUCUGCCGCGCACUCGCCCGACACCGGCGGCAACCCCGGGCCCGGUAACCGAGAGUUGUUCGAGGAGGGCAUCUGUAUCCCACUCAUGCACCUCUAUCAUGCCGGCCAACGAAACGACGCGAUGCUUGAGCUGUUCCUCAACAACGUGCGUUUACCUGAGCAGGUGUUGGGAGACCUGGAAGCUCAGGUUACCGCCAACGACGUUUGCCGAAAAAAGGCAAUCGAGUUCCUAGUCGACACCGGCCUGCGUAAUUUUGAACUCCUGUCGGACGCCGUUCAUGGGCAUUCGGAAAUGGCGAUGCGCCGCGCUAUCGGCGCCAUACCUGACGGUACCUACACGGCGUGCGUAGACGCUGACGGUUUCGAUGGGUUGCCCACGCGAAUCAACUGCACGAUUACGGUCGCCGAUACGGACAUGACCGUCGAUUACAAUGGAAGCUCUGCACAAGUUGCCCGUGGCACCAACUGCACAUUGAACUACACCCAGGCCUAUUCGAUUUACCCGCUCAAAUGUGUGCUGGAUCCGUUGACCCGUCGUAACGAGGGUUCCUAUCGCGCCAUAACAGUCACGGCGCCGCAGGGUUCCAUUCUCAAUGCACGUUUCCCUGCAGCGGUGGGCGCUCGGCACCUGACCGGACAUUUGUUGUGCUGCGCCAUUUACCAAGCGUUGGCAGAUGUAUUGCCUGACCAAGUUAUUGCCGACAGUGGUGGCACUCCGGCAAUGCGGGCGCGCUUUAGCGGUCGAAGUGAGGCAGGUAUCCCGUUCUCCCAAAUCCUCUUCGCCAGCGGCGGGAUGGGCGCCUCAUCUGCUCGCGACGGCUUGUCUACAACUGCGUUCCCUACCAACUCUGGGGCCGGCAGCAUCGAGGCCAUGGAGGCUGUUUCGCCCAUCCUGGUCAACCGUAAGGAGUUCCGCAUCGACUCCGGCGGCGCGGGACGCCAACGCGGCGGCCUGGGACAGGCUUGUGAAGUCCGCAACAUCACUCAGCAGCCUGUCCACCUUGGGCAUUGCCGGGGGCUGCCCGGGGCGCCCACCGAUGUGGUGUUCCAGGAUGGAAGUCGACCACCGCUCAAGUCCCAGGUGUCCUUGCCGGCCGGCCAACACGUGACGUUUUUCUUUGCCGGUGGCGGCGGGUACGGCCCGGUAGGCGAGCGCUGCAAAGCGGCCAUCCAGCAAGACAUUGACGACGGUUUCAUUUCAACGCAGGCCGCGGCCGAGAUUUAUGGUCCAAAAACCACGCGUAUCGGCGUCGACAUUGGUGGUACGUUCACUGACUUCGUUUUCCAUGACGAAGUGCGCGGCAUCACGCGUACCGGCAAACGUCUGACCACUCCUGAAGCCCCGAGCCGCGCGAUUAUUGAGGGUAUCCAGCGCCUGCUCAAGGAAACAGACACGUUGGCUGGGCAAAUCCAGACCAUCGUCCACGGCACGACGUUGAUCACCAACACGGUGCUCGAGCGCACUGGGGCGAAGGUGGGGUUACUGGCCACAGAAGGUUUCCGUGAUGUACUGGAAAUGGGCCGGGAAAGUCGCUACGACGUGGACGACCUUUUUCUAGAGGCCGUUCCGGUCCUUGUUCCCCGCUCACUGCGGCUGGGUAUCGCUGGCCGGAUCAGGGCAGAUGGUGUUGAGCAUGCCCCGCUUAACGAAGCCGCCGUUGCCGAAGCGGUGACGCACUUGGUGGAAGUGCAUCAGAUAGAGUCGCUGGCCAUUGCCUUCAUGCAUUCGUAUCGCAACCCGGUUCACGAGAAGCGCGCCGCGCAGAUCAUUGCUGAACUCUACCCCGACUUGCUGGUGACCCUGUCAUCCAGCGUGGCGCCGGAAAUUCGGGAGUUCGACCGCACCAGCACGGCGUGUGUCAAUGCGUAUGUCCAGCCGCGGGUUCACGGCUACAUGAAUAGCUUGAGCGCAGAGUUGCAGGGGCUGGGUUUUGCGGGCGACCUGUACAUCAUGUUGUCAGGUGGCGGGGUGACCACCAUCGAUGAUGCCAAGGCCUUUCCUGUCCGGUUAAUCGAGUCAGGGCCAGCGGCGGGCGCCAUGGCGGCUGCAUUCACGGCCCGGCAAAUCGCCGAAGACAAGAUCAUCUCCUUCGACAUGGGCGGUACGACCGCGAAGAUGUGUUUGAUCGAGAACGGUCGGCCUCACGUUAAACAUGAUUUCGAAGCUGGGCGGCUGAGCCGCUUCAAGCAAGGUUCUGGACUGCCCCUUAAAGUCACCGUAAUUGACAUGAUUGAAAUCGGUUCGGGCGGCGGAUCGAUUGCCCGCAUCGAUGAACUGGGGCUGAUGAAGGUCGGCCCGCGAAGCGCGAGUUCGGUGCCGGGGCCUGUGUGCUACGGCAAGGGCGGGACCGAGCCUACCGUGACGGACGCAGAUCUGCUUCUGGGCAACCUCAAUCCCGAGUAUUUCCUAGGCGGUGAACUCAACCUGUCGCUUGGCAAGGUCAAGGACGCCAUGCAUAAAAAGCUGGCCAAACCCCUGGAAACCGAUGCCGUAACGGUCGCACGCGGCAUCCAGAGCAUCGUCAACGAGAGCAUGGCUGCCGCUACGCGGAUGCACUUGGCUGAAAAGGGCAAGGACCCGCGUGCCUACACCAUGUAUGCCUUCGGGGGUGCGGGCCCAGUGCACGCAUACGGGUUGGCGAAGCUGCUCAAGGUUCGGCGCCUGGUCGUCCCGAUGGGCGCAGGGGUUAUUUCCGCUUUCGGUUUCCUGGUUGCCGCACCUGCUGUAGAUCAAGUUCGUGGUUACGUGACCCAGCUCGACCACGCCGAUUGGGCGCACGUGCAAUCCAUCUAUGACGAGAUGGAGGCCUAUUGCACAAACCUGCUGGUACAAGCCGGUGGCAAUGCACAAGCCAUUCACAUGGCGUGGUCAGUGGACAUGCGUUACCUGGGACAGGGUUUCGAGAUAUCCGUACCGAUCCCCAGAGGACUGCUGGGUAACCAGGAUAUCGAGGUGAUUCGUCAGGCAUUCCUUGAUUCAUACCUGGAGCGCUUUGAUCGCAUGGUCAAGGGCGUGCCGGUUGAAGCUAUCAAUUGGCGGCUGACGGCCUCGCUCCCCGAGCAAGACAUCAGCCUUGCCUAUAGCCAGGCGAAUACCGAAGCACGACGCGGCGAGCGCCAAGUGUAUUUUCCUGAGUUUGGCGACCUCACUGCCGCUGUCUACGACCGAUACGCCAUUGCUCCGGGCACCCUGCUCACUGGACCUGCAGUAAUAGAGGAGCGCGAGUCGAGUUGCAGCGUCGGGCCGGACUGUCAGUUCACUGUCGAUGAGCAUUACAACCUGGUCAUUGACAUCGAAUAUCCAUCGUCGCUGAUGCGUUUUUUCGACGAGGCGACCAUCCACUGGUUACGCGAUGCCGGCUGUGAGGUGGUGAUAGCCGACCUUCCGGCGGGUCAGGCCGACGGUGGUCUUUCGCAGGAGGCGCUGGUGGAGCUGUUAACAGACUGCGAUGGCUGGAUUGUCGGCCACGCGCAUGUCACCGCAAGCUUGCUCGCCGCCUUACCUCGCCUGCAGGUCAUCGCUCGCCGUGGCGUGGGUUAUGAGCGUGUCGACGUGGCGGCGGUAAAUGCCCAUGGCAAGGUUGCAACCAUCGCGGUGGGCAGCAAUGACGCCUGCGUCGCCGACCGAACCCUGGCAAUGAUGUUGUCACUGGGCCACCGCAUUCGAGAGUCGCAAGAGCGGAUGAUCGCCGGCGAUUGGUCGAUCCUGUUGGGCACCGAUCUGUACCGCAAAACCGUCGGCAUUAUUGGCUUGGGUCGUAUUGGCCGAGCGGUGGUGCAAAGGUUGAUCGGUUUCGAGGCGCGGAUAUUAGCCGUGGCGCCGGAGCCUGACGCUGAUUAUGCCCGGAAGACAGGUGUGACCUAUGUCGACCUCGAUACGCUGCUUGCCGAAAGUGACUACGUCACGCUGCAUGCGCCACUCAACCCGGCCACGCAGUGUUUGAUCAAUGGCGCUGCUUUGCAGCGGAUGAAGCCCAGUGCCUACCUAAUCAAUACCGCCCGCGGUGGUUUGGUCGACGACAAAGACCUACUGACCGCCUUGGCCGAAAACCGCAUUGCCGGCGCUGGACUUGAUGUAUUCCUGAGCGAGUCCGACCCCGCUUAUAAACCGGUGACCGACGCGCUGAUUGCCUUGCCGAAUGUCAUUGCAACGCCUCACUCCGGCGCCUCUACCCGUGAAGGGCUUGACCGGACCAACCUGGUGGCGGCUCGGUGCGUGGUUGCCGUAUUCGACGGAACGGCUCUGCCCCCGACUGCACAAUUGCUGACGGCCGAUAACACUAUCUAC